CUUUAAAAACCAGACAACAGCUGAGCGCAACUCAGAAGCACAGCACAAACAGACUGGAGUAUCUUUCUUAGGAAACAAGGCAUUUUUGUAUAUUACUGGACCUCAGAAUUUAAAAUUUUUAUAUAUAUAAUUUAUAUAUAAUUUCAAUAUGAAUAUUCAGUCUUGUGCCAGAUGUGGCUAUGGGGUCUAUCCUGCUGAGAAGAUUAAUUGUAUCGAUCAGACCUGGCAUAAAGCCUGUUUUCACUGUGAGGUUUGCAAGAUGAUGCUAACUGUAAAUAAUUUUGUUAGCCACCAGAAAAGGCCAUAUUGUCAAGUACAUAACCCCAGAAACAAUACAUUCACAAGUAUUUUUGAGACACCAAUAAAUAUGAAUGUGAAAAAGCAGUCUGAAGCAAUAAGUGAGCUUAAAUAUAGAGAAGAGGGUGAGAAAUUCAAGUCUGUUUUUCACUGGGAUGUAAAAUCUAGAAACAUGGAAGCCACGCAGAAAAUGCAACAAAUAAGUCAGAAAACCUACCAUGAUGUAUGUAAUGAAAGUAAAUCCUGGUAUAGAGAAACUAUCCCACAGUUGGAAAUGAUCAAGAUAGCACAAACACAGAAAAGUCUUAGUGAUCUGAAGAAAAACCAGGAAUAUGAGCAGCAAAACAGAAAAGGAAGCUUUCCAUGUUCUAUGACUCCAUCGUAUCAGAUUGCCAAGAAGGCUACAGAGUUAUCCAGUGAUAUGAAGUACAAACUGGGACAUAAAGAACAUGUUUCCAAAUUCAGCAGUGUUACGGAUACUCCAGAAAUACUUCAUGAAACAGCUGGGAGUCAGUUCAUGAGCGAUUUUAAAUACCCAGAAGAAUAUGAACAACAAAGAGGGAAAGGAAGCUUCCCAGCUAUGAUAACACCAGCUUAUCAGAUUGCUAAAAGAGCCAAUGAACUUGCUAGCGAUGUUAAGUAUCACCAAAGAUAUGAAAAAGAAAUUAAGGGAAAAGCAAGUCAUUCUGUUGGCACAUUAAAAGAAAAUGUAGAUCAAUUUAAUCAGGAUUAUAUGCAAGAAUACGAAGAGCAUAGAGGAAAAGGCAGUUUCCCUGCUAUGAUCACACCAGCAUAUCUAAAUGCUAAGAAGGCAAAUGAAUUGGCUAGUGAUAUUAAAUACAAGAAGGAUUUUUCCCAAAUGAAAGGAGCAGCCCAUUACCACUGUCUUUCAGCCCAAGAAAAUCUAGUUCUGAAGCAAGCCCAGGAUGUGAACAAGCUGUACAGUGAGGUUGAGUAUAAGAAGGGUUUGGAGAACAGUAAAGGCCACAGUAUUAAUUACUGUGAGACUCCUCAAUUCAGGAAUGUUAACAAGAUCUCAAAAUACACCAGUGAUCUCAAAUAUAAAGAACAUUACCAGAACCAGAAAGGCCAUUAUGAAGGAGUUGGUAUGGACCGGCGCACACUGCAUGCCAUGAAAGUUGGAAGUUUGGCAAGCAACAUAGCCUAUAAAUCUGACUAUGCACAUGAUGAGUCUAACUACAAUUACCCAGUGAUCCUGACCCCCUCCUAUCAGACAACAAGGAAGCUGGAUCCUCUGAAAGAUGUAAACUACAGGCAAAAUAUAGAUAAAUUGAAAUAUAGCUCUGUUACGUGCACGCCUCAGAUCCUUCAAGCAAAAAUCAAUGCCCAGCAACUUAGCGAUCUGAAUUAUCGAGCCAACUAUCAGAAAAACAAAUCACAUUAUACUUUGCCUCAAGAUGUACCAGAGCUAGUGAAGGCAAAAGCCAAUGCAGAAUUAUACAGUGAGAUUAAAUACAAAGAAGACUGGCAGAAAAGCAGGGGCCGCAACUUUGAAAUGAAAUUAGAUUCCAAGUCUUUGCUUGCAGCCAAAGUUUCAGGAGAUCUUGCCAGUGAAAUUAAAUACAAAGAAGACUAUGAGAAAAUGAAAGGAAAAGCUUUGUCAACAAAAGAUUCAAGACUUCUGCACUCUAUGCAAGUAGCCAAAAUAAAUAGUGAGAUUGCAUAUAAAAAAGAUUUUGAGAAGAAUAAAGCACAUUUCCAUUUACCACUGGAUAUGAUAAAUCUGAAACAUGCAAAGAAAGCCCAAGCUCUGGCUAGUGAUGUUGACUAUAGGAAGAAAAUACAUGAAUAUACAGCAGUUCCAGAAGAUCUAAAGACACAGUGGGCCAAAAAGGCCUAUGGGCUACAAAGUGAGCUUCAGUACAAAACCGACCUUCAAUGGAUGAAGGGAGUUGGCUGGAUAGCGGACCAAAGUAUCAAUAUUGAACAAGCCAAAAAAGCAGGAGAACUCAUCAGUGAGAAAAAGUAUCGACAGAGGGCUGAUGCUCUAAAAUUCACAAGUGUUGCAGACAGUACCCAGAUCCAACAUGCGAAGAAAAGCCAGGAACUGCAGAGUGAUAUUGCAUACAAGUCAGCAAAAGAGGAUUUUCUUCACAACUACACCAUCAGCAAAGAUGAGCCUCUAUUCAUACAAGCCAGAAUAAAUGCCGCAAAUAUUAGUGAGAAAAUCUACAAGAGUACCUGGGAGAGGCAGAAAGAGAAAGGAUUUGAACUUCAUCUUGAUGCUAUACCAUUCCUGACAGCCAAGGCAAAGAGGGACCUAGCAAGUGAUAUAAAAUACAAGGAGAAUUAUGAAAAGACUAGAGGAAAGUUGAUUGGAGUGCAAGAUGUGACCCAAGACUCACAAAUGGCUCACCUGCUUCAUGUAUCCAAGUUGCAGAGUGACCUGGAAUACAAAAAGGCAUUUGAAGACGUAAAGAAUCAAUAUCAUGUGUCCAUGGAUAUGGUAAAUCUUGUCCAUGCCAAGAAAGCUCAGGACUUGGCCACUGAUAGAGGAUAUAAGACAAUCAUGCACCGCUAUACAGCCUUGCCCACAGAUAUGAAGGUGGAAUGGGCCAAGCAGGCUUAUGGCUUGCAGAGUGAUAACCGAUACAGAGCAGAUCUGAACUGGAUGAAAGGAGCUGGAUGGAUCGCCACUGGGUCAUUAAAUGUGAAGCAGGCUCAGAAGGCAGGAGAACUCAUUAGCGAGAAGAAAUACCGUCAGCACCCAUAUGCUUUGAAGUUUACCAGUAUUAAAGACACUCCUGAGAUGAUCCAGGCUAGAAUUAGUUAUAACCAGGCUGUGGAUAGGCUUUAUAAAGAACAUGGGGAGAAUGUCAAACAUAAUUAUACCCAAAUAGCAGAACUUCCUGAGAUCUCUCAAGCUAAGCAAAAUGCUUUGAACAUCAGUGAGACUCACUACAAAGAAUCCUGGAAUAAAAUGCAACAUGGUGGUUAUAAAUUAAAACUGGAUGCCAUUCCUUUCCAGACAGCAAAGACUUCUAAUGAAAUUAUAAGUGAUUAUAAGUAUAAGGAGGCGUUUGAGAAAAUGAAGGGGCAGUUGAUUGGUUCCCAUGGCUUGGAAGAUAUAAACAUUUCUCACUUCAUGCAUGCAGCUUUGCUACAAAGUGAUAUAAAUUACAGGAAAGAUUUUGAUAAUCAGAAGAAUAAGUUCUACCUACCAUUAGACAUGGUGAAUUUAGUACAUGCCAGAAAAGCCCAGUCUUUGAUCAGUGAUCAGGAAUAUAGACAACUGCUUCAUGAUUAUACAUCGCUGUCGGAGGAUAUGCGGCUGCAGUGUGCUAAAAAAGCUUACAAACUACAGAGUGAGAAUUUAUACCGAUCUGACUUGAACUUUAUGAGAGGAGUUGGCUGUAUCAUACCCGGGGCCUUGGAGAUUGAAGCAAAGAAGAAAGCUUCUGAACUCAUCAGUGAGAGUAAAUAUCGUCAGCAAGCAAAUUCCUUCAAGUACACAUCAGUGACAGACUCUCCUGGCCUCCUUCAUGCAAAAUUCAGCAAUAUGAUUGCUAAUGAGCGCCUGUACAAAGCAGCAGGAGAAGACACUUUGCAUCACUGCAGGGUAACCCUGGGACUUCCUGAGUUUGAAAGGGCAAAAUUGAAUGCAGCGAACAUUAGUGAGGCAAAAUACAGGGAAGCUUGGCACAAUCUCCGUGCUCAGGGUUAUAAACUGACAAUGGAAGCCAUCCCUUUCCAGACUGCCAAGGCCUCCCGAGAAAUUGCCAGUGAUCUACAGUACAAAAACAACUUCGUUUCCGAGAGGGGGAAGCUUAUUGGUGCCAGAAGCAUUCUGGAUGAUACCAAUCUGCUACACUGCUUGCAUGCUGCUAAGUUACAGAGUGAACAGGAAUAUAAGAAAAGCUCGAGAAAUAUCUGUUCUCAGUACAAUCUCCCUAUGGACAUGGUUAAUCUAGUUCAUGCUAGAAAAGCCCAGAAUCUCAUCAGUGACCAGGAGUACAGGAAAAGAUUGCAUCAAUACACAGUGCUCCCUGAAGACUUGAGGAUGAAGUGGGCCAAAAGAGUUAAUUUGCUGCAGAGUGAGUUUUCCUACAAAUCGGAUCUGAAUUGCAUGAAGGGACUUGGCUGGAUGCCGCUAAGAUCCCCUCAUAUAGAAAAUGUGAAGAAGGCUGGAGAACUCAUCAGUGAGACAAAAUACCGUCAGAAACCAAAUCAUCUCAAGUUCACAACAGUUACAGAUUCUCUGGACUUCCUCCAUGCAAAGAAUAGUUACAUUCAAUGCAAUGAUCGGCUAUACCGAGCUGGACAUUUGGAUAACAUGCACAGAUACACCCUGCCCCUUGACCGUCCUGACCUCAUAAGGGCACGGCUCAAUGCACUCCACAUUAGUGAUAAACUAUAUAAAACAUCUUGGGAGGAAACACGGGCAGCUGGCUAUGAUUUCAGAUUGGAUGCCAUCCCUUUCCAGACAGCUAAAGCAUCUAGAGAAAUUGCCAGUGAUUUCAGAUACAAAGAAGCUUUCCUAAGGGAUAGAGGUCAACGGAUUGGAUUUUGCAAUGCGCAUGAUGAUCCUAAAAUGAGACACUUCCUGAAGAUGGGCCAUCUCCAGAGUGACAACCAAUAUAAAAGAGAUUCUUUUAGAAACAGAGCACAAUUCAGAAGUCAAACUGAUCAGCCAGGAUUUAUUCAUGCAAAGAAAAGUCAGCAAUUAAUAAGUGAUGUCAACUAUAGGCAGCGCCUGCAUCAAUACACCUGUGACCCGGAGCAGCUGAAUCUCAGGCAUGCCAAACAAGCCUACAAACUCCAAAGUGAUGUCAAAUACAAAUCUGAUUUGAAUUGGAUCAAAGGUAUUGGCUGGACUCCUCCAGGUUCUUAUAGAGUGGAAAUGGCCAGAAGGGCUGCGGAGCUGGCAUAUGCUCAGGAAACAGAAUGUCAAGAAACCCAGAAACAGCAUGAUCCAGAUUAUGAGAAAAUAACAGAAGGAGACCAACAAGUCCAGCUGAAUCCUGAUGCUGCAGAAGUUCUGCAAAUGAAGAGAAGAAAAAUGAAACUAAUUAAGAAAUGAACAGAAAUACUGACAUCUGUCUAAUGAAAAUGCAUACAUUUUUCAGCUUUUUCUCCAAACCAUGUAGCGAUUCUAAUCUCCCAAGAAGCAGAGUAGUUCACUGUUCAGAAAUAGUUAUUACAAAAAAAGACCUUUGCAAACCCUAAAGGAGUGCUUUAAUAUUAAACUUUAUAUUUUUGCAUGAAAAA